AUGGCGUCGCUCGGGUCGGCCGCGGCCGGGGAGCAGGGCCCGCCCGGGGCCGAGGCGGAGCUGGGAGCCCCGGCGCCGCCCGCGCCGGUGCCCGCGCUGUCGCCGUCGGCGCUGGGGCCGCCGCUGCCCCUGCAGCGGGAGCCGCUGUACAACUGGCAGGCCACCAAGGCGUCGCUGAAGGAGCGCUUCGCCUUCCUCUUCAACUCCGAGCUGCUCAGCGACGUGCGCUUCGUGCUGGGCAAGGGCCGCGGGGGAGCCGCCGCCGCCGCGCCCGGGGGCCCGCAGCGCAUCCCCGCCCACCGCUUCGUGCUGGCGGCCGGCAGCGCCGUCUUCGACGCCAUGUUCAACGGCGGCAUGGCCACCACGUCGGCCGAGAUCGAGCUGCCCGACGUGGAGCCCGCCGCCUUCCUGGCGCUGCUGAGGUUUCUAUAUUCAGAUGAAGUUCAGAUUGGCCCAGAAACAGUUAUGACUACUCUUUAUACUGCUAAGAAAUAUGCAGUCCCAGCCUUGGAAGCACACUGUGUGGAAUUCCUCACCAAACAUCUUAGGGCAGAUAAUGCAUUUAUGCUGCUUACUCAGGCUCGGUUAUUUGAUGAACCUCAGCUUGCUAGUCUCUGUCUAGACACAAUAGACAAAAGCACGGUGGAUGCGAUAAGUGCAGAAGGGUUUACUGAUAUUGACAUCGACACACUCUGUGCAGUUCUAGAAAGAGACACGCUUAGUAUCCGAGAAAGUCGGCUUUUUGGAGCUGUUGUGCGUUGGGCAGAAGCAGAAUGUCAGAGACAACAAUUGCCUGUGACUUUUGGAAACAAACAGAAAGUUCUAGGAAAAGCACUUUCCUUGAUCCGGUUCCCACUGAUGACCAUAGAGGAGUUUGCAGCAGGUCCUGCUCAGUCUGGAAUUUUGUCAGAUCGUGAAGUGGUAAACCUCUUCCUUCAUUUUACCGUCAAUCCUAAACCCCGAGUGGAAUACAUUGACCGACCCCGGUGCUGCCUCAGAGGAAAAGAAUGCUGCAUCAAUAGAUUCCAGCACGUGGAGAGCCGCUGGGGUUACAGUGGAACAAGUGAUCGAAUCAGGUUCACAGUUAACAGAAGAAUCUCUGUAGUUGGAUUUGGCUUAUAUGGAUCUAUUCAUGGUCCCACGGAUUAUCAAGUGAAUAUACAGAUCAUUGAAUAUGAGAAGAAACAAACCCUGGGACAAAAUGAUACUGGAUUUAGUUGUGAUGGGACUGCUAACACAUUCAGGGUCAUGUUCAAAGAACCUAUCGAAAUCCUGCCCAACGUGUGCUACACAGCUUGCGCAACACUCAAGGGUCCAGAUUCUCACUAUGGCACAAAAGGCUUGAAGAAAGUCGUGCAUGAAACACCUUCUGCAAGCAAGACUGUUUUCUUAUUUUUCAGUUCACCUGGCAAUAAUAAUGGCACUUCAAUAGAAGAUGGACAAAUACCAGAAAUAAUAUUCUAUAUAUAAGUUAGUGUUCCAGCCAUUUAGUCCAACCUCAGCAGCAUAAACAAAUGGCCACUAAUAGUCUUGAGUGUCAUGAAUAUUUAUGAUUGUAGUAUGAGAAACAUUUUAGUUUCUUAGAGGAAGAAGAAAAAUGCUGAUUUAAAUCUCUGUAUGAUUUAAAGACAGAUUUUCCCAUUUUCGUGGAAUCCUGGGGGAAAAGGAAAUUUGGUUUCAUUGUAUAAAAACAAGCACAGCCUUUUCAGCUUCAUCUUGAAUACCUUCAUAGAUCAGCUGACUUACGGUCUUUCAUAGUUUUGGAAUUGAAAGAUUCUUCUUAUACUUAGCAGAUAUUCUUUUUGUUAUUUUGAAAGUUAGGUGACAUGGGUCAGUAUUCCUACAGAGUUCCUUUUAGCUCAACUAGUAUCAGAAUAUUAAACUGACUUUGUAUUUGGAGUUUUGAAAUGUGGGGCUGUUAUCAUUUGGAAUGAUGCUAAAAACAGGCCUACUGAAUACCCAAGAAGAUUUUCAAUGCAUUUACAGAAAAGGAUAUUUUACAAUAGUAUAGCAGUGUAUUGCAUAGUUCCAUUUUAAAGCUGUGAAUUGUUUGUAUGAGUUCACAAUGAUGUGAUUUAAACAAAUCUAAAGGGACAGUCUAAGACUGUAUUCUUGAUCACUGCGCUGCUCUGCUCUGCUACCAUGUGGAUGCUGCCCAUAAUUCCCAGGAUUGAUGUGAUAGUGACACUUGGGUAGACAGCCUUCUCUUUAGUAUUGUGAUAGUCCUACACAGCAAGAAAUGGAAUAAAAUACUAAGAUUUCUAACAAUAAAGCUAUCCAACAGAAUCAUUCCUCCUGCAAAGUACACAUUUCUAUCUAAGAAGUAUAUUUAAUAUUUGUGACUUCAUUAAUGACUGGUGGAAGUGGAUCUAUAUCUGGCAGAGUAACAUUUAUACACUUUUUUAUAAAAAGCAGAUUUUUAAAAUACAAAUGAAACAACAUUUUCCCUAAGAAAUGAUUACUUUAAAAACUUUCUGUAAUUAAGCUUAAGGUAUGUUAGUUGUGGAAAAUGAUUAAAAAUGAAAAUUCUUUUAAGCAUCAACUUAAAAAGAAUUUUUCUAAAUAGGACAUAAAAAUUUUCAUCAAAAGCAAUACUUUGUCUAUUUAAGGAGGUCACUAAUGGGUAAUGUGUUAGUGGCCAUGGGCUCUUGAAAUUGCUGCAGAAAGGAGAGCUUUGUUCCAUCUCUGGUGCCAUGAUCUUAGGGAUAUAAGCUUCAGUAACUGGAAUACCUGUGGAAUAUGGUUCUGCUUAACUCAAGAUUAGCAAAUGCUGCAGUAACUGUUCAGAAAAGCACUUCUUCCUUAACAAGUAUGGCAUGCCAGAGGUAAGUUAGUGUUUCUAACUAGACAGUUGGGGCAUUUCACAUGUCUUGUGUUUAACUAAGAAAUUGUAACUGAAUAUAGCCAAGGAAGGUAUAAGAAAUGGAACCACUUACUGACAUUGUGGUAUCACUUGAAAUUAAAAUAAUAAAUUCUCUUUUUAUUUA